UUAUGCAGCUGCUUGUCAACAAGAUGGCCUUCCUCCCUCUGUCGUUUUGACACUGAUUAUUUUGGUAUCCCAACGCACAUACCUUAAGAGCUUUUAAAUAGAUAGGAGAGGGGCUCCCGAGAGUCCUAACAAGGUAUACAGUCAGCUAGGCUGCGUUCAGGGAACUGACAAGCCUCUGUAGCAGCCACCGCUUCAAGAGGGUUGAUAAUAGAAAGUAGUGUAGCUGCUGUCGACGUUAGCCUGAGCGUCAACUAGCUUAGCUACGUGGACGCGGAGAGUUAAGUCGUGUCACCUGCAAUUUCCUACACAAACUGGUUUGGCCACAAGAAGUACUACGAGGAGAGUCGGUUUCUCGACGCUUUAAGAGCCAAGACGGUUGCCUGCAAAGGCCAGUGUUGAGGUUCCGUGCCUGAUCAUAGGGGAGCUCUGCGGCUCAACUCGGCACUGAGAUAGGAAUCUGACCAUGAGCGCGCUGCUUGUGGGUGCCUGCAGGCCAGCGUAGCUGCUGGCAUGUUCCAGAGGUCCGCAUCCUGAUGGACCGAGACACAUUCUCUCAUAUCCGUCUGUGGUGCCCACGCCCCUUCGGCACCUAUUCUCAGAACAAACCCAGGAAUCCUGGCACGGGGGGCAAUGUUAUAGCUGUAGGUGGGGCAGGGUCCUCCUCCCUCUGCAAGGGUGAUCCGCCUCCUGGUACCAGGAGGGCGGGGGAAGGAGGAGAAGAUGGAGGGAUUGGAGUGGGUGUGCAGGAAGACAAUGUAAAAGUGGAGGAUGUGGACUCUGAGAAUACACCACCGGAACCUGAACUUAACUCGAGCUCUCUGAUGCAAAACCAGUCUGCUAUGACCACGUCAUCCCCUUCACCACUCCCAUCUUCCGGGACCCAAAUGGAAGAUGGCCGAGUGCUGCUAGAUACCUGGUAUGUCAUUAAACCAGGAAACACUAAGGAGAAAAUCGCCUUCUUUGUGGCACACCAGUUUAGUGGGGCAGGCCAAGGCAGACCCAGCGCCAUGAAGGUUAAAGGCAACUGGGCAACUGACUGCAGUAAAGCAAAAAGGCGAAGAAGAUGCUCAUCCUAUGACCCACCAAACCGUACGCAUGCCUCAGAAACACACGUCAGCCAUGGCUCCUCCGAAGCACCCAAUGCACUACUUGUACCUGAUCAAGCAACGGGCGAUGGGACGAAUGAGACUGACUUACUGUCAGUGGCACAGAUGGUCGCCUUAGUUGAGCAGAGGACAGCCAUGGCCCUUCGGAAUAUUGUGGCUGUACAUGGAAACCAGCACCAGCCGUCAAUUACGAGUCAAGAACAGGGCAUUACCCCCCUCCAGCACACACUUCUCCGGGAAACAGAAUCGCACCCCUCGCAUAUGUCCUUUGUGUCUGACAGUUCAAAAGAGCAACCCUCCAAAGAAAUCAAGGAAUCAUCUGCUCCCUUUCAAACGGACCAGGAGCUUGAGGAGCAGCAAGAGUCAUGCCGGGUUGCACAGGCCAUUGCACAUUUUGAGUCUCAAAAUCUGGAGAACCGCCUCCAUAUGGGCGCUGGUUCAGCUAUGGGCUUUCCUAAUCGAGACAGGGAGUUGAGAGGAGGAGCAGAGUCCAGUCGCGUAGCACCUUCUCCGCCCCCCAACCAUAGCCAAGGUGAGGUGAGGAUAGCUUUCAGAGUGUCUAAUCUGGAUCCACGCUCGCAACUGGAGCCAGCGGGCCGGUCACGCUGUAUGUUUAUGAGUUGCGGUGGCGGGAGUAGCCAGACGACAGCCAGAUCUAAAGAGAAAAUAACCUGUGACCUCUACCAGCUUGUCAGCCCCUCUUCAAGAGACCCCAGUAGCCUGCUGCUUGCCGCCACCACCACUCCUGCCCCUAAAGCGGAUGGAGAUCAUCACUUUGACAGGCAGAGCUGCGGCAGCCCAGAAACAUCCCAGGAGCCUUCCUCAGGGGAGAAAAUAUCGGUGGGUGUGGGUCGGGAGCGAGUGACUGGAUUUCACGUGGAAGUCGUGGUGACAGGUGCUGUGGACCAAUGUGUGUUUUAUGGCAAAGACAGUACAGAAAAUGUUCAGGAGGAGACUGUGUGUUUUGCUAUGCCUGGCGGUGCGGGAACUGUUGGAGGUGUAGCUAGCGCUACUGACCAUUCAACAGAGGAUCCUCCUCCAGGACAGCUCUUUUUCUUUCCAUCCCCACUAGUGGCGGAAGAGGAGUCCAACACAACGGGCUCUGGCAGAGGAUCAGGAUUAUGCUCUCUGGACUGUGCCAACAGCAGCAGCCCCGGAGCGGGGCUUACAUGCUCAGGAGAGCGUGCACCUCGAGCAGACUCUCCCCUAGCCAGUGUUGGAGAAGAGUGUUCCGACCCAUCACUGUGUCGCCUCUAUCGCCACGUCUCCCAUGAUUUCCUGGAGAUCCGCUUUCAGAUUCAGCGCUUGCUUGAACCUCGCCAGUAUAUGCUGCUGCUCCCUGACCACAUCAUGGUCAAUAUCUUCAGUUACCUGCCGACACGCUCCUUGGCAGCCCUCAAGUGCACCUGCCACUACUUCAAGGUGCUGAUCGAGACCUACGGCGUGCGAGCCGUGGACUCUCGCUGGAAUCAAGACCCUCUUUAUCGCGAUGACCCCUGUAAGCAGUGUAAACGCCAAUAUGAGCGUGGGGAUGUUUCACUGUGCCGAUGGCACCCUAAACCUUACCACCACGAUCUGCCUUAUGGACGUUCAUACUGGAUGUGUUGCCGACGUACGGACAAGGACACGCCGGGAUGCCGCGUUGGGCUUCAUGAUAAUAACUGGGUCCAGCAGCCCGCUGAUGGCUCUCAGCCCAUCCGAUCCAAGAGGGAGAUAAAACGGGAAGAGGCCAGGUAGAAGAGGAAUCAAAUCUUUUCUACUCAAAGAAUGAGCAUGAAAAAAUGAGUACAAAGAGAAAUCAUCACUCCAGGACCUUGUUAAAUUUCACCUCAUGUUUUGUUAUUCUCAACCGAGUUGAGUGGUAAACAAGGAAUGACUAGAGGUGUGUCACACCAUGGUUUUUUUUUUGUUUGUUUGUUUUUUUGGUCAAGUCUUGCAGAAUUUCUCCCUGCACGGUACUCCAGAGUGGCACAUUUUCAAGUGUGCCUACCAGUGUUUGGGUCUCUUCUUGCUGCUGUCUGUUUGCCCUGCAUCAUGCCUCUUGCGUGUCAGGAUUACUGCCCAACUCCAUAUCCAUUGGAUGUUGUCAGAGUUGUUCCUGUGACAACUUUGCAGUGUGUUUGAUUGAGAUUAGCAUUAAGUGACAAAUAGAAAUGUAAUGCCCUUAGAGCCUGUUUUUUUCCCCGAGACUCGGUCUAUGUUCCAAUACCAACUCCAUUGAGCUUAGUGCAGCCCAUUCAAUACAUGAACGGCACUGAAGCCAACAUGCCAAACCUUUCAGUGUGGAAUGUUCAGCGUUGCUAUAGAAAUGUGAUUGUAUGCGGCAAACUUGAUAUUCCAACAUUUGAGCUCUGUCCUGCACCAUGCAUUUCUAUUUCUCGGAAUGUGCUGUAUUUAUUGUAUGUCGAUCAGUCCCCUGAUAAUGCUGCUGAAACAAUUGGCUGUGUCACCAAUGUUACUCCUGGAAUAGGCAUACCAUUGGUUGAUACAGUCUCAUACUUUGUGUGUGCGUGUGUGUUUGUGUUUUCUCCACCCCCAGAUUUGAGCCUACUUUAGUGGGCCAGCCAUGAACAGGAGAAACAAAGUACUACUUGUGGGAGAUACAAUAUAUAGAUUAAGAUCAGUGGGAUAAUAAAAAAAAAAAAGAGAAAUAUGUUUCUUUUUAUGAUGAGACUGUUUUGCUUGUUUGCCUUUUUUUAUGGGAGUUGGCUUUUUGAGGUGUGUAUGAAUGUUUGCUGCUCUAUUGUAUUAUUGGACUUCUUAUCAACUUGUCCCCCUUGCCCGAACCACAAAGAAUGUUUUUGUUUUACUCAUCAUUGUUUAACUUACCCAUCUUUUUCCUUCUUUGUCCUCCAUUUCGGCAGAGGGUUGUGUUGUCCAACGGCGACAAUACUUUUGUGGGUUCAACAAAACUGAACAGAACGCAGAAACUCUACACCAGCCUCCAGCCUUAAAUUCCCCCCUACCUCUAAUUCCCCUGCAGGAGAUUGAGGCAUCAGAUACCUCACACAUCCUUGAAAACUCAUCCAAAACUAGUCUUCUUCCUUCAGCUUUCUCCUCUGCUUUUUGACCACCCCAUCCCAACAAGCUGACUGGUUGGACAUUAUGAUGCUGAAACGCUGCACCAAGGUGGGACGAUUAUUUGAUAGUCAUGGGAGAUACCUGUAGAGUCCAGAUAUGUACAACUCAUAAUGGGAAAUAUCAGCUUAAAUAUAAGGUGAUGAUUAAAACUGGAAAUGCAACAUUGA